UUGGGUUUUUAUUUUGGCAAGCAAUACCGGAAACAGUAUUUUCCCUCCCGCUAGCUUGACAUCGUUUCUUGCUUGUGGUUCAUGUUUUGUUAGCUAAUCUGGCUAGCAGAUGUCGACUGGUCGAAUUUAUUGUCAGAUGAAUAUAUGUGCAUAAAACGGUUCAAACGCCACUCCUAGUAAGAAGGGAGGAUGGCGCAUCGACGUACCCCACCUCCGCUGUCCCAGAGGACAGAGUACCUGGAACCUGAUAAUGAUUCCGACAGGGACUCUGGCGUUGGAGAGGAUGCAGGGGAGGAUGCUGACAGUUGCCAUGGAGGCACAUUAAUAGAAGAGGAGAAAGUCAAGAAGCAAGAUGGGUCGGAAGAAAACGGCCAGGAAGGACAAGACUUUACAGUUUUUGUUGCCUUUCAAGGGAAUAUGGAGGAUGAGGACUUCACUCGAAAACUUGACACUAUCCUCAGUGGGAUACCAAACAUGCUUCAUAUGGGCUCUGAUAGGCUACAGCCACAGCAUGUGGAGCCGUGGAACAGUGUGCGAGUCACCUUCAACAUUCCUCGGGAUGCUGCUGAACGACUCAGACUGUUGGCCCAGAACAACCAGCAGCAGCUCAGAGACCUGGGGAUUCUCUCUGUGCAGAUAGAAGGGGAAGGGGCCAUCAAUGUGGCUGUGGGACCAAAUAGAGGACAAGAAGUCAGAGUGAAUGGACCAAUUGGAGCACCUGGCCAGAUGAGAAUGGAUGUUGGUUUUCCAGGUCAGCCUGGUCCAGGAGGGGUCCGGAUGGCUAAUCCGGUGAUGGUUCCCCCUGGGCCUGGCAUGGCAGGUCAGGCUAUGGUACCAGGCAGCAGUGGACAAAUGCAUCCUCGUGUUCCAAGACCAUCUUCACAGACAGGUUCAGAUGUUAUGGAUCCAAUGAUACCAGGUAUGGCAGUUCAGCAGCAACAGCAACUUCAGCACCAACAGGCUGGUCCCCAUGUCUCAGGCCCAAUGCCUCCUCAGGCUGCCCAUCACAUGCAGGCUCUGCAAGGUGGGAGACCACUUAACCCUGCUGCACUGCAGCAGCUACAACAUCACCAACAGGCUCAGCAGCAAGCUCAGCUCGCCCAGCUUGGACCUAGGCCUCCAUUCAACCCAUCGGGCCAGAUGGCUGUGCCUCCUGGCUGGAACCAGAUGCCCUCUGGGGUCCUCCAGCCAACGGCCGCCCAAGGAGGCCCUGCCUGGAGAAAGCCCCCGCCGCAAGCCCAAAUGGUUCAACGUCCACCCUCCCUUGCUACAGUUCAGACUCCCAGCCACCCUCCGCCCCCUUAUCCAUUUGGCAGCCAGCAGGCUGGGCAGGUAUUCAAUGCCAUGGGACAGGGACAAUUACAGCAACAACAGCAGACAGGAGUGGGUCAGUUUGCCGCCCCCCAGCCUAAAGGCCCACAGGCUGGCCCUGGUGGUGUCGCAGGACCGCCCAGACCCCCUCCACCCCUUCCAUCAACAACUGGGCCUCAGGGCAACCUCACUGCCAAGUCUCCUGGUUCCUCCUCGUCUCCUUUUCAGCAGGGCUCACCAGGUACUCCUCCUAUGAUGGCUCAGAGACCUACAACUCCACAGGGUUUUCCCCAGGGCGUUGGAUCGCCAGGAAGAGCACCCCUCAGUCAACAGGGUAACAUGCAACAAGGAUUCAUGGGAAUGCCCCAGCAUGGACAGCCUGGGGCUCAAGUUCACCCAGGCAUGGCAAAGCGUCCCAUGGGCUUUCCAAACCCGAACUUUGUCCAAGGUCAGGUGAGUGCCAGCACUCCAGGAACCCCUGGUGGAGGAGCCGGUCAGCAGAUACAGAGCAGUCAAGCGAUGACUCACACAGGAGCUCCGCCGUCAGCCUCCACACAAAACUCAAUGCAGGGUCCACCCCAUGCCCAGCCCAAUGUUAUGGGUGUACAAAGUAGCAUGGCAGGUCUGCCUCCUGGUACAACUGCUGGGCCUAGUAUGGGCCAACAACAGCCUGGCCUCCAGACCCAGAUGAUGGGCCUCCAGCAUCAGGCCCAGCCCGUGUCUUCCUCCCCCAGCCAGAAGGUUCAAGGCCAGGGUGGAGGUCAGACUGUCCUCUCAAGGCCCCUCAGUCAAGGGCAGAGAGGAGGGAUGACCCCACCCAAGCAAAUGAUGCCUCAGCAAGGCCAGGGGGUGAUGCAUGGGCAGGGUCAGAUGGUUGGAGGCCAAGGGCAUCAGGCCAUGCUCAUACAACAACAGCAGCAGCAGCAGCAACAGCAGCAACAACAGCAACAACAACAACAGCAACAAAACUCCAUGAUGGAACAAAUGGUUGCCAACCAGAUGCAAGGCAACAAGCAGGCAUUUGGAGGCAAGAUUCCAGCUGGGGUAAUGCCCAGCCAGAUGAUGCGCGGCCCUGCUCCAAACGUUCCAGGUAACAUGGCUCAAUUCCAGGGCCAAGUUGCCCCACAGCAGAUGACUCCACAACAGCAGCAGCAAAUGGCUCAACUCCAACAGCAGCAGCUACAGCAGCAACAGCAGCAUCAGUUGCAACAGCUACAGCAGCAGCAGCAGCAACAGCAGCAGCAACAGCAGCAGCAGCAACAACAACACCAGCAGAUGAACCAGCAACAGCCCCAGCAGGUUCCUAUAGCUGGCAAUCCUAAUCAAGCUAUGGGCAUGCAUGGGCAACAGAUGAGGCUCCCUGCUGGCCAUCCUCUUAUCCAACAACAGUUGCAACAGCAGCAGUUACAGCAGCAGCAGAAACAACAGCAACAGGCCAUGUUGCAACAGCAACAACAGCAGGCAGCUCAACAACACCCACAUCCUUUGGGAGAUCCUAAUGGUGGCACAGGGGACCCGGGGGUCCAACAGAUGGUCCCUGAUAUGCAGGCACAGCAGCAGCAAGGCAUGAUGGGGGGCCCUCAGCACAUGCAGAUGGGAAAUGGCCACUUUGCAGGUCAUGGCAUGAACUUUAACUCGCAGUUCCCAGGUCAGAUGCCAAUGGGGGGACCCUGUGUACAGCAAGGAGGCUUUCCCGUCAGCAAGGACGUAACACUGACUAGCCCACUACUGGUCAACCUACUGCAGAGUGAUAUCUCAGCCAGCCAGUUUGGGCCAGGAGGAAAACAGGGAGCAGGGGGUGGCAAUCAGGCCAAACCCAAAAAGAAGAAACCGGCACGAAAGAAGAAGCCCAAAGAUGGAGAAGGACAACAGCAAGUAGAGGGACUUAGUGGUCUUGAUGUGGCUGCUGGCAUGGAGGAUUCCGAACUGCCAAAUCUUGGUGGUGAACAGAGUUUGGGUUUAGACAACACUGGCCAGAAACUCCCUGAUUUUGCCAACAGGCCUGCCGGCUUUCCUGGCCAACCUGGAGACCAGAGAGUAUUGCAGCAGGUACCCAUGCAGUUUAUGCAACAACAACAACAACAACAGCAGCAACAGCAACAACAACAACAACAAAUGCAGCACAUGCAACAGCAGCAGAUACAACAACAACAACAACAACAACAAAUGCAGCAGCAGCAACAAAUACAACAACAAAUACAACAGCAGCAAAUACAGCAACAGCAGCAACAAUUACAACAACAACAACAACAACAACAGCAGAUGCAGCAACAGAUGCAGAUGCAGGGUCUCCAGAAUGCUCAAGGGCAGCAGGGGAUGACAGGGCCACAGACUCCGGGUCAAAGCCAGCCCCAGAUGCACCCUCAUCAGCUGCAGCUGCAGCAACAGCAGCAGCAGCAACAGCAGCAGCAACAGCAGCAGCAACAGCAGCAGCAGCAACAGCAGCAGCAGCAGCAGCAGCAAACUCAACAGCCACACCUGCAACAGCAAACUCAACAGCCACACCUGCAACAGCAGCAACAACAACAGCAAAUGAUGAUGCUGCUGAAGAUUCAGCAGGAGCAGGCAAAGAAUCGCAUGUCCAUCCCUCCAGGAGGGCAGCUCCCUCCUAGGGGCAUGGGCAAUCCACCUGAAGUGCAGAGGCUUCCUGUCUCACAGCAAGGCAACAUGCCUGUAAUGAUCAGCCUUCAAGGACAUGGAGGGGUACCGCCGUCACCUGACAAAGCCAGAGGGAUGCCCCUGAUGGUGAACCCACAGCUUGCAGGCGCUGCACGAAGAAUGUCACAUCCCGAUGCGGUGCAGGGUCCUCAAGGCACUGGAUCUGAAGAAGCCAUUGCAGGGGCCCACCCAAAGCAGGACAGGCCUGGUGGCCCAGAAAUUGGGGUGCAGCCUGGAAAUGGAACACAACAGAUGAUGGCCAAUCAGGGCUCCAACACUCACAUGAUGAAGCAAGGCCCUGGUCCAUCACCAAUGCCCCAGCACACUGGAGCCAGUCCCCAGCAACAGUUACCUAGUCAGCCUCAGCAAGGAGGCCCCAUGCCUGGCCUUCAUUUCCCCAAUGUCCCCACAACUUCUCAGAGCUCCAGGCCCAAAACCCCCAACAGAGCCAGCCCCAGGCCGUACCACCACCCUCUCACCCCAACUAAUCGUCCACCCAGUACUGAACCCUCCGAAAUCAACCUUUCACCUGAAAGGCUAAAUGCCUCUAUUGCAGGGCUGUUUCCUCCCAAAAUCAACAUUCCUCUGCCUCCCAGACAGCCUAACCUAAACAGGGGAUUUGAUCAGCAAGGUCUUAACCCAACAACUCUGAAAGCCAUUGGGCAGGCCCCUCCUGGCUUAACUUUACCAGGCAACAAUGGCAGUGUGGGUGGAAAUAACACUAACAGUCAGCAGCCUUUCUCUACUGGCACUGGAGUAGGCGGUGUAGGCGCUAAACAGGACAAGCAGGCUGGAGGGCAGGGUAAGAGGGCAAGUCCUAGCAAUAGUCGGAGGUCAAGUCCAGCUUCUAGUCGUAAAUCAGCCACCCCAAGUCCAGGGAGACAAAAGGGGACAAAGAUGGCCAUCACCUGCCCUCCCCCACAGCAGCAGUUGGUCAACCCUCAAGGGCAGACCAUGAUGCUAAGCCCUACCUCAGUACCCCCAAGUCCAAUAUCUAUGCCUUCACAAGUGGGUGGGGCCAUGGAGGCACAGCAGACCCAGAGUCCUUAUCACGGGAUGCAAGGUAACCCUGCUGAGGGAGUCAGGGAAAGUCAGGGAAUGAUGACUGCAGAGCAGCGACAGGUGUCUCAGCCUCACCCCCAGCCACAGCCUUUGAGGGAGUUAUCAGCUCCCAGAAUGGCAAGUCCUCGUUUCCCCGUGCCUCAGCAGCCUAAACCUGACUUGGAACUGCAGGCUGGCACAGUUGAUAGGCACCCAGCACACACAACACCUAAUAUUCAGGACUCUGAGGUCUUACCUACUCUCAGGGCAGCUCCAACCUCCCUCAACCAGUUACUGGAUAACUCGGGUAUCCCAAACAUGCCUCUUCGGCCCAUACAGAAUAAUACUGUUAGCCCCAAGUCUGCUUUGGAUCCAGGGAGAUCACUCCAAAGUAAUUCUCAGAGUACAGAUAUGUCCGCUGCUGUUGCUACUACUGCCACUAUAAAUGAAUCGGAAGCUAAACCCAAACCUGCUGUCCCAAUCCCUACCAGCAAUCCUAAUUUGCAGCCUGCUUCCAUUUCCAGCUCGCACCCUAGCACUAACGUGACCUCUAAUACUACACCCAACCUUAGCCAAAACCCCAUCUCCAUUCUUGGUGUCAAUCCUAGUCCGAAUGUAAACCCAACAUCUACCUUCUGCCCCGCCCUCAGUACUAACACUAAUGCCACCACGAGUUUCAGCCCCAACACAGUCACUUCCGGUCAGAGCAGUCCUGCCUCGACAGUUAGUACCAGUUCUAACUCCAGUUCAGCUCUAAAACCAAGCCCAAGUCCUAAACCUGUGACAAGUGUUCACUCAGUCAUACAGAUCCCUGCCUCUUCUAGCACAAUGUCCCCCAACCAGAUCACUGUGUUUGUCACCUCUAACCCCAUGACCUCUGCCCCCACUCCCCAGGCACCCACAUCUAUGGUAUCCACCAUGGUGGCUUUCCCUAACAAGAACAUUAGACCUCAGGACAUCCGGCAGCAGGCCCCUGUCCCCCGACCUCCUCAGUUCAUCACCACCACUCCUGUAUUUAUCAAUCCAAUUUUCCAGGUCCCAGGUGCAUCUGUGGCUCCAAAUACCACAAUGGUAUCACAGUCAGUCACUAUGGUGAGGCCUAUACAAGUGUCCACUACAAACAUCCAACUUUCUCCUUCUCCAAGCUCCAACCAGUCCUCAGCGGCUAACGUGGCCAGUACUCAGCCUACCAGAAGUAUUGUAGGACAAGUCCAGGUUGCCACUAGUGUGUCCUCACCAGUCCCAGUCGGUACUCCUCCAGCUUCUCAGCAAAUUAACCCAGGAGCUCCCAAAACAGACAAUCUAGGUGAGGCAGGCUCUGAUCAGAAACCUAGUCCCCCAGUACGGCAGCCAUCUCCACAUCCAAGCCCUUCAGCAUCAUCUCCCUUUCAGACACCCCUGGCUUCUCCUUCUCUCUGCUCUAGUCCUGGGGCUGCUAUCACCAUUCGAAAGAGCCCCUUGUCUCCAUCUCCCACUGCCCAGGUGAAAAGUAAACCUGCACAGGCUGCUGCAGCUGUUUCUGGUACAGCUGACUCCCAGUUGAGUCCUAUAGAAAGGCCUGCGCAGGGGCCCAUCGGGGCUGUGCCACCACAGGUCUUUCAUCCUCCUGUCAGUCCUGCCAUUCAGAUUGAAGCACUAGCUCCGCAUACUACUGUUGCUGCUCCUAACAACAUUACUCUGCCUGUUGUCUCCUCUCCACUACCAGUUCAUGGUCAAGUGGCUGUUCCUACUCAGAUUGUUACCCAGGCUCCAGUGCCUGCAACAGCCUCAGUCUCAAGUCAGGCCCAGGCUGUAACGUCUCAAACUCCUAUUGUCACUGUAGUUGGUGCUACCACAGGUGUCUCUUCUGCUACCUUGCUCUCUACGGUUGCUCCCGUACAAAGUCCUGUACCGUCCAUUGUUCCAAUUGUUGCUGGCUCUGGACCUGCUCUGGACGUUGCCCCCACCACAUCUUCUCCAGUUGCUAACCCCAGCGGAGUUCCACCAGCCCAGCCUGUCGCACAAGCUAUGGAGCCCCCCAUGCCGCCAGCUGCUACGUCUGUUGAAACCACUCAGACCACCCCAGCAACUAUUCAACAAGAAGUCCCACAGUCCCAGGAAGCUGUUGCCAGUGAGAAGACGGGUGAAGAGGUCUCGACAAGUUCCGAGCAGGGAUGGGCAAAGAAAAGAAAGACGCCCAUCAACUUAGUCCCAAGAGCUGCUUUGGAGAAACCCAAGGGACCGAGCAGACGCAGCUCCCGGGCAGAGAAGGAGGUGGAGGAGGAGCCAGUAGCAGACAGCGGCAUUAGGAAGAGAUCAGCCAGGCCUGGAACCAGUGCUGCUGUAAAAGAAACUGGAGCAAGCCCCACCCAGGCCAAACGAAGGAAGUCUAAAUAGGCACAACAACAGUUGUGGAAACCUGUGAAUUGUACUGUAAAUGUUUUUGUUUUCCGCUGUGAAUCAGUUGAUACCGGUUUCUUUGUCCUAAAUUAUGAAUGGAGGAAGAAACUAUGUACAGAUUGUUUUAAAAAUAAUUAUGCUAUUGUUUUGUCCAUGCUAUUAUGUGAGAUUGUAGUUAGAAUGUGUGCAAUACAGUAUGUGUUUGUGUGAAUGUGCUUUUUAUAUUAAAUGCUGGAUUAAUCAUGUGAAGACUGAUGAUGGAGCUUGUCAUGAUUGUAUAAUUAUGUUGUAAAACUGAAUUAAAUUUUCUACUGCUUUUUUGUUCUGUGAAA